AUGGCGCUUCUGGAGGACCCCCAAAUUACGGCUGUGCCGCAAAAUACCUACAUUACGAAGCCAUUCAAAGGUCCUACGGUGACAAUCGAAAGCACAGUCGAAGAAACCAAAUCCAAUGCGGCCACUCCGAAGCCCCAGUUUGAGCUGGAGGAACACCCAGUUGAUCAAGUAAGACCGAUUAAAGUGGGCAUCAUCGGUGCUGGUCUCUCGGGAAUUACUGCUGGUAUUCUACUCCCUGCCAAGCUACCUGGUUUGGACCUUCGCAUCUGGGAUAAAAACGCGGACGUGGGAGGUACUUGGUUCGAGAAUACUUAUCCUGGUGUGAGAUGCGACAUUCCUGCCCAUGCCUAUCAAUCAGUCUUUUCUCCAAAUACACAGUGGACAGAAGAGUUUGCCCAGGGUGCAGAGAUCAGAGAUUACUGGCAAGGAGUAGCAAAAAAGUACAACGUAUACCAGUAUCUUCGGCAACAGCAACAAGUACAGAAAGCAGAGUGGCUUGCUGAAGAGGGAAAGUGGAAAGUUACUAUCCAGCAUGUUGAUGGCUCAAAUAAGGUCUACGAAGAAAAGGUGGAUAUCGUUAUCAACGCCAUUGGCCACUUCAACGCUUGGAGACUGCCCGACUACGAAGGAAUCAAGGACUUCAAGGGUCCACUUUUCCACUCCUCUAACUGGAAUCACAAUAUCGAGUUGAAGGGGAAACGGAUUGCACUGAUCGGAAACGGUGCCUCAGGCUUGCAGGUGCUUCCGUCCAUUCAACCCAUCGCCAGUCACGUCGAUCACUACGCUCGAAACCCCACCUGGGUUGCAGACUCUUUCAGCAGUGGAAACACCGGUGUCCGCAGACUAGAGCCAAAUCUCUUCUCCAAGGACCAGCUAGAGUCUUUCAAAGAUCCCAAGAAAUAUCUAGAGUACCGCACGGAAGUGGAGCGUGGAUUCUUCCAGCGCUUUGGAGCUAUCUUCAAAGACACCGCAGAAAACCAAGAACUGAAGGACAAAUGGACAGAACUGAUGCUGAAGCGCAUUGCAGACAAGCCAGAGCUGGCAGAGCUGAUUCUCCCAGAUUUUCCACCCAACUGCCGCCGUCCUACUCCCGGACCGGGCUAUCUCGAGGCCCUCGCCAAGGAUAAUGUCAGCUACAUCCGCCCACGCAUCAAGCGGUUCACAGAAGACGGAAUCAUCACGGAAGACGGCGUCGAGCGAAAAGUUGAUGUAACAAUCUGCUCAACAGGAGCAAACGUGGACCACGCCCCGCCAUUCUCCAUCAUCGCCAACGGGAUCGACCUGAAAUCCGCCUGGAAGAAAGACGGCCUUUUCGGGUUCCCAUACUCCUACCUUGGCUUUGCAACUCCGGGCUUCCCCAACCUUCUCUGGCUAGGUGGACCCUACUCCUCCGGCCACAGUGGUACUGUCCCCAACAGCGUCGAGAACCAGGUCACGUACAUCGCAAAGGUGAUUCGCAAAUUCCGCAGCCAGGGGAUCAAAUCUAUCGUGCCCUCGAAGCAAGCUGCAGAUGACUUUGUCGAGUACUGUGACUCGUUCUAUCCGCGCACGGUGUGGACGGCCAACUGCAGUUCGUGGUAUAAUGGUGGUCAACCCGGGGCUCGGAUUCACGGAUUAUUCCCUGGUAGUGCGGCUCAUGCAAAUUAUAUUCGUCGGGAUCCUCGGUGGGAGGAUUGGGAGUAUAGCUAUGUCAAUGGUAGUGGGAAUCGGUUUGCUUUCUUUGGGAAUGGGUGGACUUCGAGGGAGCUUGAGCCGGAGCAUGCCAACUUGACGCCUCAUCUGAAGUUGCCAGAGGAUAUUGAUUUGAGAUCGCAUUUGGAGGGAUGGUGGGAUGUUUGA